AUGAGUCAUCCGAAAGAAGGUUCUGGGGAAACUAGAGUCUCCACUUCCGGUGCUCGAUUAAUGAAGGUUAAGCAGGAAGUUGGUGAAAAGAUGAAGAAAGACGACAAGAAAAAGAAGGCUAAGGAGACGAUCGGCGCGAGAGUUCCCAAACGAGCGAAGAAGAAAGAUGGUUCCAGUGAGAGCGUUGCCCACGGACUUCACCCACCCUCUCUUUUGACGAGUCAAGAGGUUGUUAACCUCAUGGUCCAAGCCCACGGCCGGAAGGAUUUAGCUAGGGCUUGCACUCCCGACGAAACCCCCGAGACUGCUCCGGAAGGCUGGUUUUGUAUCCAUCAGAAGUACAUUUCUAAAUGUCAUCUCAGGUUCCCGCUCCCGAGCCUUCUACUGGAUCUCCUCGAUUACUAUCAACUAGCUCUCUCUCAACUUUGUCCUUCGGUUGUCCGAGUGAUAAACGGCUUCAUCACUAGAUCCAAAGAGGAGGGAGUCGCCGUCGGACUUAACGAUCUGAUGAGCCUUUUUCUGAUCAAAGAGAGCUCAUCUAAAGAUGGUGGUAGCGGAACCUACAACCUUCCCUGUCGCCCCAAGCUGGGUAUUUUCAAGUUUUCUGCGAGUGAUGAUGACUGGCGGAAGAAGUAUUUCUAUGUCAAAGUUGAUUCUUUGACGGUUCCUGAGGGUCGUACCCUCAGGGUUUCUUGGACUGAUACAUCUGAUAUCACGGAUCCUCGUAAGCUCUCCGGUAAACGCACCAGAGCUCUUUUCCGGAAGCUGCAGCAAAGCCCUUGUACCUGGGCUUCCUUUACUACUUCACGAAUAGGAUCAGCUAGAUUCCCAGAACGAUACAACGCUUCCUUUCUGGAUCCUGUUUCUGUCGCGGAUCAGAAGGUAACUCGAGGUAGGCCAUCCAAAGCAGCCGACACUUCUCGUGGGAGUGACAAGAGUCAGGGAGGAUCUUUCCUCAGUUUCGUGAAGGAAGUUCUUGAUGAGGGCACUUCCAACCCUGUCAAGGACAUCACUCCUACUGAGCCGCAGGUUCAAGACGUUGCUCCUCAUUCUGAUGUUCCGAUGGUGGAAGCUGAGGUCCAAGUUGCCAAAGAUCCUCCUGAGAUUGAGCUCCCGAAGAAUAAGAGGUCCAGAACCGAUCAGGUUGAUAGACCUUCUAGGUCUUCCUCCUCGUCUUAUAGAGGAGAUGACUCAUGGGGUUUGGCGACUUUGAUGAGGCAUAUGAAGAGAACUGGAUGCUCCCUCCCCUCGAUUAACUACCUGACUAAUAGGGAAGAGUACACUGAGAUAGCUCAUUUCAUGGGUCAGCUGGUUGGAGCUGUUAACAGGGCUCAAUUGAAGUUUGAGGAUGCUAUGCACAAUGCCCCCAGUGCUGGAGAAUUAGCUCAGGUUACUGAGCUAGGCAAAGCUACCAAGAUGGAGCUUGAUCAGGCUCGGGUUCAGGUUUCUGAACUUCAAGGCGAGGUUGAGAGACUUGGCUCCAAGGCUGACAUUCAGCAAAGGAAGAUCGAGAGUCAAGCGAUCGAUAUCCAGGUGAAGGGUAGGAAGAUCGCUGAGUUGGAUUCUGCUCGGAAGAUAGCUGAGUAUCAGGUCAGGGAGCUGAUUACUUCAUCUCAAGAUAAUCAGAGGAACAAGGAAGCUGAGGUCAAGCUAGCCGUUAGGAGAGGAAAGAGGGAGGUAGCUGACGCUUACAACAAGGUCUUAGCUUCCGUCAAGGAGAAGUUCUCCACGAAGAAAUAUGAAGUCGAUCUUCAGAUUUACGCUCAAGAGCUUCAGGCUAACACCGAGCUCCUGAAAGAUAUGCUGAACAAUUAG